AGUUCGUCUACACCCUCUUAUGUGACUUCCAAGGGCGAAGGGCUCACUAACCGAAUGGUAGUUAUUGAGACAGCUGGCGCAGAGCAGCAGGGUGGUCACCAGGUCAUCAUUUAUAUCAGUAUUGGCAUCGUCUCUGGCCUCCUCAUCAUCAACGCCAUCAUUGUCGUGGUCGUUAUUUGCAAAAGACAUAGAAGACGCUCUAACAUCGCUCUAAGGCGGUCAGUCUGUGACAGGGAGGGCCAGGAACUCGAUCCCUACACGUCGUUAUAUACAACAACUAUGAAACAACCAGCCUACGAGGACAUCAAAGCAACUAGACACGGAAAUAGAGGUCACACAAAUGCAAUCGAGGGGGUAGAAUAUGAAUAUCAAACAAUAGUUGAGCAUACCUACACAUCCUUAGAUGCAACAACUAUGGAGCAACCAGCCUACGAUGACACCAUAGCAACUACACGCGGAGAUAGAGGCCAAAUGAAUGCAAUCGAGGGGGUAGAAUAUGGAAAUCAAAGAAUAGUUCAGCAAACAGCUAGAGUCAAGAAAUCAAACUUUGGAGUGGCCGAUGAGAAUACUGAGCCGGUAUACGAGAUGCUGAAUUAA